UAACAUCUGUGCGUCCGCGGUCGUGAUUGUUGUGAAGAUGGCGGAGGGGGAGACAGAAAAGGAAUAUGACACACCGAAAGCCAUCGUGGAGCUACGGGAGCGCUUCCAGGCGCUGACCGCCGCUUUGAAAGGGAGCUCGCAGUCCGCACUGGAAGCCUCGCUGCAUUUCUGCCAGGAGUUUUGCCAGGUCCUCGUGGAACAUGCUGGCCGUUGGAAAACUGACGAAGAUCCUCUGCCUUUGCUGGAGGUCUACACUGUGGCCAUCCUCAGCUUCGCUAAGGCUGCCUCCUGUCUCUCCUCCGAAUGUGAAAACGUCCCACUCCUACUUGAAAAGUUAGCACUGAGCUGUGCGGAGCUGCUGCUCUUACUGCCCCACAAUGUCCCUGGUGCCUUAUGGGAGGAGUUUCAGUCCUCCAUGAAGUUGGCACACAGCCUUUUGCAAGAAAGUGGGAGCACACAGCUUUGCCUGCUCGCGGUUCUGGCACAGCAGGAUGGCGUCUGGUCCAACACCACACUAAGUUGCAUCCUGUCUAAUCAAAUCCCUCAAAUGGAGCAAAUUCACGAGUAUCUUGAAUUGGAAGGCCCCACGCUGCUCAACAUGCGAGUGAAGCACCUGAUCAAAGUGGACAGCGUCGAUAAGGCCGCUGUGCUCGCAAAGAUGUGCUCAGAGUAUCCGGGAUAUGAAGGAAAAGGGAACUUCAAACAGACCUACUUGCUCUGCAUCUGCAUGGCAAAAAACCAAGAGCAGCUAAUGGAAGAGAUUGCCUCAAUAGACUGUAAAGAUGCUCUCGAAAUGAUCUGUAACUUGGAGUCGGAGGGAGACGAGAAAGGAGCGCUCUGUCUGUGCUCUGCUUUUCUCAAGCGACAGCUUCUUCAAGGAGAUGUUUACUGUGCCUGGGAACUCACACUGUUCUGGAGUAAACUACUCAUGCGUUUAGAGUCAUCCGCUGAGACUUUCCUUGGGCACAGCAAAGAGAUGGCUCUUCUCUGCCGAAGUGUCUGCCACAUUCUGUUUCUCAUCAAAGUAAUCCAGAACGAGGUUGGAGAAGUUGGGCUUCCGGUGUGUGUGGAAAUGUGCAUUCAAGCGCUGAAAAUGACCUCCAGUGACCAUAAGGACAGUAAAUCGACCAUCUGCAAGACAAUUUCCUGCCUCUUGCCGACUGAUCUAGAGGUGAAGCGCGCAUGCCAGCUGACAGAGUUCCUCCUGCAGCCUACUGUCGACUCGUAUUAUGCCGUGGAGUCGCUGUACAACGAACCUGACCAAAAACCCGAGGAGGACGGGAGUCUACGAGUACCAAAUUCUUUACGCUGCGAGCUACUGCUGGCCUUGAAGACACAGUGGCCUUUUGACCCAGAGUUCUGGGACUGGAAAACAUUGAAACGCAACUGCUUGGCACUGAUGGGGGACGAGGCGUCUAUCGUGUCGUCCAUUGACACGCUCAAUGACACGGAUGAACAAGAGGUGGAAAGUGCAGUUAGCAAACUUCCCGAAUAUGGGGAACUUGAGGAUUUUCUGUUGACCACUACAAACGAACUCAAUGAAAUCUCAGAUGAGAAAGAGAAAAACAGAGAAGCUAAAAAACUUCGGGAACAGGGAUUCGUUUCGGCGCGCUUCCGAAACUGGCGAGCCUACAUGCAGUAUUGUGUUUUGUGUGAUAAGGAGUUCCUGGGCCACAGAAUCGUUCGCCACGCUCAGAAGCAUUUCAAAGACGGAAUGUACCUUUGUCCAAUUUGUGCUGACGGUUUUGAAAGCCGGGAGGUUUUAGAGCCACAUGUAGCAUCACAUGUCAAGCAGUCCUGCAAAGAGAGACUAGCUGCAAUGAAAGCUGCUAGAAAAGCACCCAAACCACCUCAGUCCCCUAAAAGUCCAGCAAAAAAUUCAAAGGUGGCUGUCAAGACAAACAUUAGCCCUGUUAAAGUUGAACCUCAAGCUGGGGACCAGUUGGCGACUCCUGUUAAGAUAGAACAAACUACGUCCGACCCACAGAUAAGUCAAGACUGCUUCUGUCCUGUUAAAAAUUGUUCCAAGGCUUUCAAGUUUUUCCGUAACCUCAUGGCUCACGUCCGAUCUCACAAGGAUGAUGACGAGGCCAUGAGAUUCUUAGAGAUACAAAAGCAGAAAGUGGUGUGCCAGUAUUGCCGGCGACAGUUUGUCAACGUCCGGCAUCUGAACGAUCACUUGCAGAUGCAUUGUGGUAGCAAACCGUACAUCUGCAUACAGUUGGAUUGUAAGGCCAACUUUAACUCCAAUUCUGAGCUCCUCAUGCAUAGAAAAACACACCCAGAAUUUAAAGCUCAAUGCAUGUUUCCGAACUGUGGCCAAGUUUUCAGUGAGGCCUACCUGUUGUACGAUCACGAGGCUCAGCAUUACCUUACCUACACCUGUCAAGUGGAAAACUGUGGUAAAAUAUUCUACUCACAGUCUCAUUUCCUGUCUCACCAAGGGAUCCAUUCUACAAAUAACGCCGUAAACAAUUUGCCCACGGUGAAUCAAAACCCUCCCGUCACUCCAAGCGUCGCGCCGCCCCCCGAAAGCACCCCGAGCAAAGACGACACAGGCUCUGCUCUUGUCUGCCACGAAAAGAUUAGCACAGAGGCAAAGGAAGCAUCAAAUGCUAACACAUCACCGUGCAGGUCACCAGAGGUCAGUAACGAGCCCGUUCCCGUGAGAGUGAAACACUCCGUUGAAAGCAUGCUGAAUCAAGCGUUAGGUACUGAAAUGACAGAACCAGAGAAAUGCUACACUCCAUUGACAAACCCCUGUGCAGAACCAGCUGAUGGGAAACCACCAGGGGACGCUCCACAGGUGCAGCAAACUGUAGCGGGGCCAGAUGAGAUUCCCUCUGAAAAUCCUGCGUCUAGUUCAGCAAACCCUGUGACACAUCAGCCUGGAGCGGGGAAUAAUACUGUACAUGUUCACGAAGUUAAGAAAGAGAUACCGCAGAUCAUGUCUCCGAGUCAAAUCAAGACAGAAAUUCCUUCCUCGGUGCAAGGAUACCCUUCCAGCGCGCCAGCUGCCGCUGUUGCUGCUGUCAGUGACGAUAACCUGCAUUGCUGUCCAUAUAAAGACUGCACAAGGGCAUACAGUACAAACAAAAGUCUUUCGAGGCAUGUGAAGAAGCAGCACCCGGAAAUAUUUGAAGACUGGAAGUUGGCAAAGAAAUACAACAAAGUGGCCAAAAUUACGGCAAAAAAGAAGCCGGGACGACCGACUUCACCGAGUCAGUCACCAAACAUGGGCAACAGGUCGGCCAGUCGGCCAGGAGUACUAUGCAACAAACCCAGGAUGCAGCAGCAAAUGGAUUACCCAGUGGGAUGUUCCAGCUCACCUGCUCAGUGUUAUCCUGGAUCAAUGGAGCCUGUGCCCAUCACUCCAAUGGUGAAUCCCACACUGUAUCCGUCGUGGGGAAACCAGCAGAGUCCCAGUGGAAUGAUGCAGUCGGAUUUGACCCAGCCGUGGUCCUCACCUCCCAUGAAUAACUGCUAUUCAGACACUUUUAACAUGAACGACUACUCCUCUCGCAGCUACCCACAGUGGCAGGUAGACCCUUACCAAACCACGGCACCUAUUCCACAUGAUAGAGAUCAUUCAAUGGCAGCUACAAUUGGCCCCAAUAUGUCACAGGCUCCUUCAGACUCCAGUUUAAUGUCGCAGUAUGUGUCUAGUUCUCUUAUGCUUGAUAAUGGAGGCCAAAUGCACAACGGAGGGCAUCAGUAUGGACUUUUGCACCCUGAUACUAGUGGAGACAUAGAUGUGAGAAAACACAGUGCAAGUGUAAGUGGACAGCUGGAUAAUAGAGAUGAUAUAUCAACAGUUGAUAGCCUCACAGAAGGAAGUUUCCACACUACAUAUGCUCAUAGUGAGAACUCUUGUCUUACUCAAGGCUCACCUGUUAAUAUUCCCAUGAAAUGUCUAAGCCCAGAGGUUCAGGGUGACUUAAAACUCACUCCUAGAAUCAUUAAAACGGAGAGUCUGUCCUCUCCUUGUUACGACCAGAUGGACAACUCUGUGGAUGGUAUGCUCAGUCCACAAAGUGUCACGCAGACAGAUUUCCCUUGCGACGAGGACUGUCCCGAAGCCGAACCCGAAGCUCACACCCCAGAUGACAAGGGCGGCGACUCUGACGCGCAGAAAGGCAAACGCAGCAAGUUGAGCAAGCGAGCCAAAUGGCCAGCCAUCAUUAAGGACGGCAAAGUCAUUUGCAGGAGAUGCUUCAGAGAGUUCACUAGCACCAAAUCGCUUGGUGGUCAUUUAUCUAAACGCUCGCAGUGCAAACCUUUAGACGAAAUAGACCUGACGGCUGAUCUGCCCACAUCGUUUCUUGAUUUCCUCAAUGACCCGCAUGUCCCGGACACUAACGGAGCAGUAUAUAACAUGCCAAAUGGGGAUUUCUCACAGGAGUCUUCUAGCUUCACGUCUCUGACUUCACCCAUGGUGUUGAAACAGGAGCCCCACAGUACAAAUAUAAUGGACUAUUCCAACUCCUUCACGGCUCCCCCUGAAAACCAGCAAGAAAAGGCCGUGGAGUUGGCUAAUCCAGGCCUUGGUGUAACUCACCAAGAGGAUCACCUGAUGGAAAUUUCACAUGCCUUUCAAAGGAUGGAUUUGAUCGAGGCCGCUCAGGAGAAGAUGCGGAAUGCGCUCUCCUUAGAGCAAAACGUCAGUCACCGCGACACCGCCAAAAGUAAAGUCCAGAGUAAAAGUGACGACAGGCUCCCUGAAAAGGUAGCUAAGCCCUUUAAAUGUGAGCAGGAGGAGUGUGAGUGCUCAUUCAUGACAAAGGAGGCGCUAUUCAAACACUUAACCAAAAUGCACGACUUCACUCACGAAAUGAUCGAGGAAUUGAAAAGGACACCGUGCAAACUGUCGCCGUACCCUUGUCAGGUGUGUCCCAAAACAUUCACCAGAACCACAGGGUUGAAAAUUCACUAUGAAAAAGUCCAUCGUCUGUCAAAGGCGGAAAUCCAGAAGCUAAAGAUCAGCGCUCGCAACAGGCGUGCGUUUAAACUUAAUAAAGAUGAUGCAUUUAACGGCCCGACGCCCACCGAUGCCAAUACCAGCCGCACAUCGCAGCCUGUACCUAUAAUGCUUGCUAUAAAACAAGAACCACUUGACAUUGCAAUUGCACCUCAGACAGAAAACAGAAACAAUCCAGAAGUUCAUCAAAUCACCACGCCGGGAGAUGCAGUAAAAGAGGGCUUCACACCUGAGUCAUCAACAGUUACGAGACUGCCUUCACCGCAACACUAUUUCAACGAUGGGUCGUUUGGUGAGGCCACACCUGUCCCUGAAGGCACCCCAGAGCAGCCUAGAGUGGCUGUUGUAAACAGGAGUCCAGAUGUGAGGCAUAAAUCUAAUUUAAAAGAGAAACUCAGUCCAAUUGGCAAAGCCAAGGAGCAGCGAGGAAAAUCGGACGCAGCAUCGAGCAAUUCCUCUGCAUCCGCUUCGUCCUCCCCGGAGAAACCAGGCAGCUCCAAAAACACACCGACAAAGGAUGAAUCACAAAGGAAGGAGAAGUUCCAGAGAAGGCUGAGCCUCAAAAUGUGUGAUACAGACAAUGCGUUCAGUCCGUACCGACCGUACCGCUGUGUUCAUGAAGGAUGCACCGCUGCAUUCACCAUUCAGCAAAAUUUGAUUCUCCACUACAGGGCCAUGCACCAGGCGGCGCUGUCGGCCACUAAAGCCGAGGCUGAGGCCGACGACGACGAUGACGACGAUGCCGAAAGGAUGAGUGUGAACAACGAUCAGGAGAACAUAGUGAAUGAUAACGAGGUCAGGUGUCAGGUGAAAAACUGUUCAAGGGUGUUCAUGGGAGUCACAAAGUUAGUGCAGCAUUACCUUUUACUCCACAAGUUCACUCGGGACAAGGCGACCACCAUGAUGGCCAGCAUGAACUUAGGGACUUUUAACUGUGACAGGUCCGAGUGCUCCCUCCCCUUCACCUGUGUUGAGAAGUACAUUGAGCACAUUAAAAAUUACCACAAGGAAAUCGCCAUCUCCGAGAGCGGCUCGGUCGACCCGACGUACAAGUGUGAAUAUGGCGACUGUGAGCGCAUUUAUACCACAAAGUCAAACCUCCUCCGCCACCUUUUAAAAAAGCACGAUUAUGUCUACGAUCCCAGAGCGAGUGACGGACGGAGGACUAAAACGGCGGGGCUUUUCCAAGGGGUUAACGGGAAAGAAAAUGUAGAGAACAAAUUAAAACUGAAAAAGAAAAACUCUAAAAAGAAAGAAGCAAAGUCCAUCGAGCAUUGGACUAGUUUUGGUAAACCGACACUAAAAACUCACGAGGAGGCAUCGGCGAUGUGCACCAAGAAGUCCGCUCUGCAGUACCCGUGCAUGAUCAUAGGCUGCGAUGCAGUCGAGCGCGCUGAAAGACACAUAUUUAAGCACUACGUCACUCACGGCCUCACAGAGCGAUACAUUGAAGACCAGAGGAGUCAGUUCAUCUUCUGCAAAAAGUACUCGCGCUCCAGGUUCAAAGAGUCAAACAAAUCGGAGGGCGCGUCGAGUUCCUCCGAGGAGACGGACCCGGAGGACGCGGAAAUGGCCGGUGACCAGAAAACGGAUGAACUCGAUAGGAUGAGCCAAGAAGACAGCAAGCUGUCCAACGACGAUAGUGCAGAAUCUCAAGCUUCCACGGGGACUGAAGGGGCCACGAAAAGAGGCCGACCCAGAAAACCUGCGCAUCCUACACCAGCUUGUCCGGAGAGAAUGCAGACGCUUAGGAACCGUUUGACUGGUAACAGUUCAAGAGAGAACUCAAAUCCUGGUACCCCCGCAGCCCAAGAACAACACGACGAUGUGAUUAUGUCAGGGUCUUUCAAGCCUUUAGGACUGGAGGACUCCUUUCUAAAGUUCUUGGAAACCUCAGAGACCCAAUCUUCCAAACGUAAAUUAAAUGACAAAUCUAGUUCCGAACUGCCGUCGAAAAGACAUCAAACUGUAAAGCAGAGGUCCGCGACGAGAAGUAGAACGGCCGAUGAAUUUAGAGGCUGUGGGAAUCUUGUAGACUUUAGAAAUCCCCUAAAUCUCAAGUCAGUGAGUAACGUUAAGAUUGUCAUGGAUAAAACAUUUUCAGACGGUGCUGAACUUUUACUAAAGCAGCUACAAGACAUGAAGCCCAUUGUCAAAAUAAAAAAGUGGCUUUACAGCGGAUCAUAGCCCGAUAUAUAUUGUUUUGAACUCAUUGUCACUCAGGAUUUGAGAAGUUAUGCUGCAGAAUGGUUUGUUUUUAACGCGUCAGAGUUCCAACUGUUAACAAUAUUGGUCACACAGUUAACCAGGAAUUGGCCUAUUUUAUACUCAAUGAAAAAAUGUCUCGGAUGAUUUUAAGUAUGUAUGUUAGUUAUAAUAACCAGGUAAUCUUUAGGGCAUAGAUUUUAGAAACUUGUUUGUAUUUAUGCUUAGUACUGAAGAUGUUUUUUUUUUCUUUUGCUAAAUGGAGACUUUUAAAGAAAAACUAUGUUUUUAUAUAUCCCUAUGGGAUUUCAAGUUCUGUUUGUAUUUAUUUCAUCCUUUUUCAACACUAGUAGACCUAUCUGUAAUAUUUACAUGUCUUCCACAAAGUGUUCAAUAAAAUGUUACUUUUUAAAACGC